GCGGGGGUGGCGGGCGGAGCGCCGGCUCCCUUCUUCCGUCCCUCCUUCUCCUGUCUCCCUCCCGCCCUGCCUCCCGCCGUCUCCUGGCAACGCCCGGGACGCGGCGGCAGCGCCGGUCCGCCCGCCAUGAGCGCCCCGCAGCCCCGAUUUCUUGCAACCUACAACAGCCUUACAGACAAACACCUGGCUGGAUAUUUCAGCAAUGCCAGGAUAAGACAACACCUUCAGAGAUCAGGACUGAUCUCAAGAAGUGGAAGAAUAAUACCUGAGAAAGAAUACCGGCUCAAUGCCAUGAGGAGGGACCACCAGAGACACGUCCAGGAGUGCCUGGCUCGUGCUAUAUUUCAUAAGGUCCUUGACAUGGAGCGUCAUCAUCAGCUGGAAAUAAAACGGAAACUUGAAUAUUCUGCAAAGAAGGAGAGGGUGAAGAAAAUCAAGGAGGAACAAUUCAGAAGAUCAGUGGAAGAUGCGAUCCCCAUGCAUUCUCCACAUCCACCACUUGGUCCAAGGAACCAUGAUGGGUUUCAUCCUUUAGUGACUGGAGAUCGAGCUGGUCGCUCACAAUGGAGGGCACCUGGACUUGUAGUUGAUUAUGGUGGUGGACAUUCUUCUCAUCAGCGCCGACCCAAGGAGCCUACACACUCUGAGGUGAGUUCCUGUCGACCAAAUACAGCUCCAGGAAAUGUGCAGCAGCCGUUUCGCCUCCAGCCUCUUUGCAGCCGGGCUGCAAAAGGGUCGCUACCAAAGGCUUCCCAACAGAUGUGCCAUGUACUGGAAUGGAAUCAGCAGUUUGCCCGUGGGGGAGAGAGAAGUGAGUUAAGGCUUCUGAAUUCAGUGGAGUACGUGACUGGUGUAUCCCCAUAUCAGCUGCCUGUCAUUAACCCUUGCGUGGUGCCAGUGCCACCGCCUCGCCGGCACAGAGGGGACAGGGGUGUCCCUGCAGGGAGAAGUGGGGUACCCACAGGGAGACGGUUUCGUCCCACCACUGCAUCAAAUGACACAAGGCAAAUUUUAACAAAGCAGAAUUCUGGAGGGUUCCCCAAAUCCCCAUUAUGCACCAAUGCCGUUGUCACCAUGGCCUACCUAGGAAAGAGUUUGCCUUUGUCUCGUGAUGCUUACAGGCAUGAAAUCAAAGUCUAUCAGCAGCACUGUGGAGGAGAAAACCUUUGUGUCUACAGUGGCAAGCUGUUGGAAGGAGAGACCUUCCAGUUCAUCUCCAAGAGGCACCAUGGUUUCCCGUUCAGCCUCACCUUUUUUCUCAACGGGAUGCAAGUCCACAGGCUGAGCUGUUGCUGUGAGUACAAACAUCAGAGGCGUUCCCGGCUGCGAAGCGGAAACAGAUACUUCAGGUUUCUUGAUGUGGAGGGAGCAUCUCCUUGCUACAGGUGCAUUAUUGAGAUGGGCCUGGACAAAAAGCUAUCCCCUCCCAAGAGGAAGAGGGAGUACCGUGUGGAGAAGCAUGUGGGUUCCUGGGAAUAUGCUCUGCACAGUGAGCCAAGUAACAGCAGUGUUGAGCAGAAAUCAGUGAAGAAUUCAAUGUUAGUCAUCUUACCGUCUCAUGAAGCAAGUGUGGAAACUGUUGAGGAAAAAAUGGAGACUGGAGAGGAGUAUGGAGAAGAAGAAAUGACGAACCAAUCUGGUCAUGAGAGUGAAGAUAGUCAGGAAGACAUCAGUAAAAAUGGGUAUGAUGAAGAUUUUGAAGCAGAUGAAGAAGUUAAUGAAGAGGGACAGACUGCUGAUCAAACAAAUGGAAUGUCAGAGUCAUCCUCAGAUGAUAAAAACCAUAAUUUAGACCAUGGAAGGGAGAGUGGAACCUCAUCGCAGAAGGCACUCCAGGCCUCUGACAGUGAGAAAGAUGAAAGUGAUGGAUAUUCUGACAGAGACUCUGAGAAUAAUCAACAAGAGAAGAGACCUGCAGACUCUCUCUCAUCCAUCAGUACUCAGUGCAGCAUUGAGGGUGACUCUCAUGCUGAAACAAUGACAGAUGAUGGCAAAGAGGAGUGUGAUAUCAAAAGGGCAUCUGAUAGCACAGCACAUGCACAGUAUGGAAAUGGGAAUGGGGAGAAUAAACUGCUCAGAAGGGAGGAGAAUCAGGAGACUUCUGCACUGGAAAACAAAGGAAUAAACGAAGCAGGAAAGGCAAAACCAGAAGAUCUAGCAGCAAGGGAAGAUACUGGAAUUUUUCAUGAAAAUAUAAUGGCAAUGCAGCAUCAAAGUCCUGAAGUUAAUGGGGAACUCAAACAGGCUGGGUCAGGAGAAAGUAGCAUGAAUGAUGAGGACAAACGUCUUCCAGUGCCUUGGGAAACCAGGAUGUUGAACGUGGAGGAUGGCAACGAAGAGUCUCCUCAGAGAGAGGAAGGAGGGGUUUUUGAAGAUUGCAAAUCAGAUGAGGAGGAAAUGGCAAAGGCAACUGGAAAUGAUCAUCCUGUGAAUUCUGACCCUGAACCUGGUGAUUCCCAUGCCGGUGAGGAAGCAGAGAAUGCAGCAAGUACAGAGCGUGAUGCUAGUGAAGCACCAGAUGGAAGUUUCUCGGCAGAAGGGAGGAGAAGCCUUGAUGUGCAGGAGGCAGCAGGACAAGAAGUACGAGAAGGGCAUGUGGCAGGGCAGAGACAAGCCCUGGAGCAGGAUGGUGCUGCCGUGGGAGGAGAUAUUGGCAGCAAAGAGGCCGGAGGAGAAAGGAUACGGGAGAGGGAUUUACUGCCCCAGGAAGAGACAGGGUCUGCGCUGGAGGAAUCCACACCUGAGGAAGGCACCAUGGCAGAGGAACAUCCAAAAGGGAAGGGGACACAAGAGAGAGUGGAGUCGAGCACAGAGGUGUCACCUGGGGAGCAGGAGGUGCUGGUGGAGGGGACGGAGAGCAAGGCAGAACUAGGAGAGCUGGCACCUGGGGGAGAGGGGCCAGCUGGGGCACUGCUGGGCCGGGAGACAGACAGAGCCCUGUCUGAGGGGCAGGAGGGGGCUGGGGGGGUCACUGAGGGGGAGGCUGUGGAGAAAGGCCCCGAGGGAGUGGCAGGGCCGCUGGCAGAGGAGGAGGUAGGUGAGGCAGUGCCGGAGGCAGGGGAGUCCCUGCGGGAGGGAGGGUCCACAGGGAAGGGUGCUGUGGUGGGUGUUGUGGUGGAUGGAGAGGAGGCUGUGGAGGAUGCCAACCUGGCAGGAGAAGGUAUUGCCAGGAUUGUUGACCCUGAAGGAGAAGAGGCUGUUGAGGAAGGCAGUUCUGAAGGGCAGGAGGCAGUGGAGAAGCUUGGGGCUCUCCUGGAAGCAUUAGGGGAUAUGGAAACAGGAGAAGCGAUGCCUGGAGGGGAAGGGUUUGUAAAGCCAAAUAACUUUUCCCAGCUAAAAGCAUUAGGGGAAGAGCGGAUGGAGAUGGGGAAGGCUGCCACAGGAGCAGCAGCAUCUGAACGUGGCCAGGUAUGGAGGGUAGGAGGGAAUGCUCUCCAGAGAGUGGAGGACAUGAUGGAGGUGCCAGUGGAGCCUGGCAAGGGUACCGUGCUGGAAGUGGCACCUGGGUUAGGGCCACUGGGGAGUGCUGGGGACGAUCCCAUCAGUGAAGGGUCGUCUCAGGUGGAGGAGACCCCGGCAGUGCAGGAGGAGGAGGGUGCAGUGGAAACACUUUGGAGUGGAAACCCAUCUGUGGGCAGCAAAGCAGAGACAGAGAGAGCCAUGGAAGGAAAACUCAAUGGAGGGGUGGCAGGAGGGUCUGCCGAGGUGGCCACCCAGGGGUUGGGAGGUGGAGAGGAGGCCACAGGUGGAGCAGCAGGUCCAAGGGAGCUAGCAACUGGAAUGGAGGGGUGGCUGAGGUAUGGAAAAGAGAGAGGAAAGGGGACGCCUUCUGGGGAGGGAGUGGUGGGUGAGGCAGCAGUGCCAGCUCCGGGGUUAGACAUGAGCCGGGCAGGGGAGCCCGGGCUGGUGGCCAUCGCCGUGGUGGGUGGCCAGGCUGGGCAAGGGGCUCUGGCUGAGGAACUGGCCGGGGAGCCAGCGCUGGCCGAGGGGGCGGCAGUGGCUGGGGAUGGCAGGGUGGGCAGAGGGACAGUGGCACAGGAGGGGGUGACAGGAGGAGUGCUGGGGGCACAGAGCGGGACAGGGGUGGCGGUUGCAGAGGGGAUGUCAGCCAAGGGAAGGUGGGCAGCCAGGGAGUCUGGCAGGGACAUGGUAGGGGUGGCUGAUGGAGCUGUGGCCGGUGAGCAAGGGAUGAACCAGGAGGCAGCACUGGGGUGCGAGGCAAGUGGGCCAGAGCUGGCGAGGGCCAAGGGCCAGGGUGAGGCAGAGUGGGAGUGGGUCUCAAUGCGUAUUGUGUCCCCAGGGCACGAAGAAGCCCAUAGAGCAAUGUCCCCUGGGGAACAGCUGACUGCAGAAACCUCCCCGAGCACCCCUGCCCAUGGGGAUGGGGGAAUGGAGCUGAUGGGAAGAGAGUCUGCAGGAGGCGAGGGGCUGUGCUUGGGCACCCAGCCACAGCUGGCAGCUCCUGGGACAGGGGCACUGGAGGGCAAGGAUGGGCAGCAGGAGGAGAUGGAGCAGGCGGGAGGGAAAACAGAGAGAGAACAGCAGGGCCCCCAUGAAAACACGAGAGAGAAUGAGGUAGUGGUUGUCUUGGCAAGUGCAGGGAGCUCUGCUGGGGCUGGGCAACAGAGGAAGGACAGUCCGGUCGGAGGGAGCCCAGGAGCCGCUGACGUGGGUGAGAGGAGCCACAAGCCCUAUCAGGACAGUGCAAACCCAGGCCCAGUCAUCGUAUCCACAGAACAGUCCCAUGAUGGGGAAGAAACUCUGCUCUGAGCUUUUUCAGCAGCUCCUCAAUGCUGUGUCCUGCAACAUUCACACAAUUAGCUGUGGGUUUGUGCCAGCUGGGAUGUCACUCCUGUGUUGACUCCGCGAGUACCACAACCACCUGUUACAUUUCACCAUAGCAGCUCCUCAGUGUGCAGCAGACAACUGAAACGAGCCUGUGUUUGCCAGCCCAGGAAACAGUGCUGCUUCAGAAUUAUGAAGACGGUAAUCACCAGGAUUGUUCCACAGCUGUCAUGCUUGUUUUUCCCAAAAACCAGAGGAAUACUGGACUGCCUGAACUUCCCUUCCUCCCCGAUGCAUCACUUGCUCCUCCAGGUGGGCAGGAGGAUGAAGGCGGAUGUACUGUGUGUGUUUGUCUGUACAGGGUGCCUAUGUCUGAGUGUAUCUGUCAUUUUUUGGGAUGUCUUUGCCUUUCUGAGCUGCAGCCUUCUGUCAGUCAGGCUGUGUCCUCACUGUUGUGCAUGGGGCACUUGUGCAUGCCAUUGCUUGAUUCUGGUAAGAUCAUCCAGGGACGUUCAGCAGAGAUGCAAUGUCAGGAUCAGGGGUGAAGGAGGCCUCACACAAGGGUUUUAGCCUGGGGACUCCCCCACCCCAGGUUAGGGGAGGGUAGCUCUCCUGCAUGCACAGUGCCCCCUGUGCUGGGGGGCAUGGGGGGCUUCUGUCUCAGGGAUCCACACUUGCUGUUGGCCACACUUCAGGGCAUGCUUGGCACUUUGAAAUGUUAAAAGUUGUUAAAUCAGAACAAUUCUAACAAGUAUUUGUAAAUGCAUAAAGCCUGGCCUUUUGCUUUUGCUGGUGUCAGUCAGGAGUGACUUCCUGGCCCACAGAGCCUGGGCUGAGGCUGAAAGAGGGUGAUCAGUGUGGAGCUGUCUCAGCCUGGCAGUGGCUGCCCAUCUCUACUACCUGAGGCUCCUCUCAGCUCUCCUGCACCUCUAUGGGCCCACCAAGACCCUUCUGAGCUGGGCACCUGGGGCUGGGUGUGCAGCAGCCUCUAGGCACUGUUUGGUGGGUGCAGGAGACUCAGCCCCACACAGUAGGGACUGUAAUUGCAUUUCAAGUAGGGAAAUGAGGCUGAAAUGAAUAGGAUUUUGAGUGGAUUGGUUCUCUGAGUCACUUCAGAUCAAUAUGCAUGGGAGUGGAAGCUCAAAUGUGAUCAAGUGGUUGCUGUGUUCCCUCCUGUACUAGAGGCAGUUGCAUUUGUACGUGCAGUCUGUUCACAUUCCUGCUAAGGACCAUCUCAGGACGUUGAGUUUUCUGUGUACAUAUCAGAUCUGCAUGUUCACUUGGGUCUAUUAAACACCUGUACCAGUCUGUGCAGCUCCU